AUGUUGUAUGAGCUCGUCGCAAUUGUUCGACCCGGCAACCUCGUUGAGGUCAAAGAAAUUGCCCGCACAGCUGGUUCCCUCAUACUCAGAUCCGGCGGUACCAUUCGCGGCAUACGCAACUGGGGAGUAUCUAGUCUACCAAAACGAACACGCAAACAUCAAGCACAAUACCAUGAAGGACAUUACUUUGUCAUGAGAUACGACGCCUCGAGCAAGACGCAAGAUAACGUACGGACAACUCUCGGAUUAGAUCCACGGAUGAUCAAGUUCAGUUCGGUGAAGUUGGGAGAUGGUACAUUGGAGAGUUUGAGUAAGAUUGGUUCGACUAUUCCUUGGACAAUGGAGGAACAUACAAAGGAGAAAUGA